GUAUUUAUUUAAGUAGAAUUAUUCAUAAUAUCGACGAAUAGAAAACCGAGUUAGGCUGUUGUGCGUUGACUGCGUUCUUCAAGUAGCAAUGGCGACGUACUUGGAGAAACUUCGGCAUUUUCGCCAAGCAUUUAAACAACACGGUGGAAUGCUUGGUUCCCUGAAGCAACUCUAUUGGACCGAGGAGUUGAAGGUGGGGACUUACGUAGGGGCCGACAAAUACGGCAACAAGUACUACGAAAAUAACCUCUUCUUCGUCGGCAGGAACAGAUGGAUUCAGUACGCACCGCAGUAUGGCAUGGACUACGACGGAAGCCAGAUCCCAUCCGACUGGCACAGGUGGUUGCACUACUCGACCGACAGCCCUCCCAGCGUGACUCCGUGCACACAGCGCGACUGGUUCUUGGACCACGAGGAAAACUUUUCGGGCACCGCUAAGGGUUUCGUUCCGUUCAGUACGACCCGCCCGAAAGUGGAAGCGUGGAAACCUCCGCAGUCGAAAGCUCAGUGACGCGGGCGGUGCGCCCAACAGUCGCUCUUUAUAUAUACGCCAUUCACGUUCUAGCUGCUUUAACCGCGAGCUCACUAAUCAUAAUCCUGUCCCAGAUCUUGGCUGCCAGAGCGGUGUGGAACAUUCAUGUAGGUGGUGAUGAUGGGCUGCUUUGUCUUGGCAGUGUAAAUGUAACGCACGCAGGCAGUGAACACGGGGUUGGACGGGGGUUAGGGUCACUCCUGCUACGCCGCGCAUGUCUCUCGAGCGCAUGGCUGCGUCGCCACGCUGUAAUCAUGCAUGCGUCGUUAACCUCUCUCUCUCGCAGACUGCAUCUGCUGUGAGUCAUCGUCCCCCAUCUCUCACUCGUACGGUCUGCUUGCAUGGCUGCAGUCGACACGCCGCCCCCGAAUGCACGUCGUUGCUCUCUGUCACGGAACGACGCUCGUCGCCGGCUCGUGCGUUUCAUUUCAGUCCAUUAACGUCUAAUAACACCUCGUCGCGUGACGACGCGACUCGGGGAUUUCGUCGUUCGUUGCCGACGUUUCGGCGUCGAAACGCGAGAUCACGCGAGAUCGCGUCAUUACGCGCGCUUUCAGGCGAGACGACGAGCGUCCGUACAAACUGCUGUCGGAGAUCCGUCCGGUCCGCUCACCAUCUCAUCGUCCGCUGCGAUUAUUUAUUUGCAUUAGACUAGGCCGCAAACUCACUCGCCGCUGGUUGCAGUUUAUUCACGUUAUUUAAGACGCUAUUUAUUUGCUCUAGGCGCAUGUUGUUAAUCGCACUCGCUCUCUCACGCUUCUAGUCUCGACCACGCUCCUAUUCUUCCGUCCC